CUUCGCUCCAUAGAAGAUUACAUUUAACAUACACUACAUAGACUCCAGGAUGCCUACAACAAGAACGCAUACAACUCAUGGACACGUCAAGGGACAACACCAUGGCAAUCCAAUUCCAGGUCAUGGUCACCCUCAGCAGCAACAACAACCGCAACAACAUGAUUCGCAUUCUGUCAUCUUAGUAACCGCCGGCUAUGAUCAUGUCAUUCGUUUCUGGGAAGCAUUGAGCGGAGUAUGCUCUAGAACAAUCCAGCAUCCAGAUGCACAAGUGAACAAAUUAGCAAUAUCUCCCGACAAACAGUAUCUAGCGGCAGCAAGUAAUCAACACGUCCGCCUCUACGACAUCAAUAGUGCGCAUCCCAACCCUAUUCUCUCUUUCAAAGGCCAUACCAGUAACGUAACUGCUGUUGCUUUCCACUGUGAAGGUAAAUGGAUGGUAACAGCAAGUGAAGACCAUACGCUAAAAAUCUGGGAUAUUCGUUGUCCCGAUCCACAGCGGAAUUUCGAUCAUAAAGCGCCAGUCAAUGACGUCGUCAUUCACCCGAACCAAGGCGAGCUCAUCUCAUGCGAUCAGAAUGGAAGUAUCAAACUAUGGGAUCUGGGUGAGAGCUCUUGUACACAUGAACUGGUUCCAGAAGAGGAUGUGCCCAUACGUUCAGUUACGGUUGCGAACGAUGGCUCUUCCUUAGUUGCCGCUAACAAUAAAGGCAACUGUUAUGUCUGGAAAAUGGCUCAUACUCGUGAGUUCACUGAUUUACAACCGAUUACUAAGUUUGCAGCGCACAACAAGUACAUCCUCAAAUGUGUCCUUAGUCCGGAUGUGAAGCACUUGGCGACCUGCUCUGCAGAUAGUACUGUGAAGAUUUGGAAAACGGAUAAUUAUUCGUUCGAGUUGGAAAGGACUUUGGUGGGCCACCAGCGUUGGGUGUGGGAUUGUGCGUUUUCUGCGGAUUCUGCCUAUCUAGUCACAGCCUCGUCCGAUCAUGUUGCCAGGUUAUGGGAGCUUUCCUCUGGAGAUACCAUUCGGCAAUAUAAUGGGCAUCAAAAAGCAGCAGUCUGUGUUGCGCUCAAUGAUCUCUCUAUGUAAAAAC